AUGAGGUUUCAAAGAGGAGAUAUAGUAUGGGCAAGAGUAAUAUACCCAAAAACAUGGUACCCAGGUCUAGUUUCAACAACCAACACUCUAGGCAUCUCCGUUGCUUUCUUCAACAUCAUUAAACCUCGUUACUUUCUUGAAUCCGAGGUAUGUUCUUUCAAAGAAAACUUCGAUUCAUUAGUUAAGAAAAUAAAAUGUAGCAUUGGCCAGGUACUGCUUGAUCAUGUGUUGAAAUUGAUUGCACGACGUUCCGUUUCGAGCUUGCGAUGCCCUUGUCUUCUGGAAUCCGAGAAUGUAAGAAGAACGAACGAAAAUGGAGAUGUGGGUUCUUUGUUUUGUGCGAAUUCGGUGGUGGGUUUUGUUCGUGGACUGGGGGUUUGCCCAUUUGUGGAAGAUUCAGAUUUUGUGUGUGCUGUCAGUUGGGUUUCUCAGGCUCAAAUGUUUCGUCGAUUUUUGGUGACCCAACACCAGUUGUUAUUAAAUGAAGAGGCAAUUAAGAAAACGCAAAAUGUGGAUGAUUGUGUUUGUUUAUCAGCUUCAGGUAAUGCAACACACUCAGUGGCUCGAAAACCAGUCGCUUCAGAACUUGAACCAGAAACCUUGCAAGAAGAUCAACUUCACAGUGGAUUGUUGACUCAAACAAAGCAAACCAAGCCACAAUCAUUUGAUGAGAUGCUGGUAAACUUGCAUUGUCUUGCUUUAGAUGCAUCCUUUGUGAGGAGAGGAUGCUUGAAUGCUGUGAAGCAGAUUUGCUUGACGUUUGGAAAUUUGUCAUACCAAUACACUUCUAAUCUUGAAUUGAAAAACUGCUAUCAUAUAAGCAGUGACAAUCAAUUUUCUUAUCCUGAGUGCGUGGGGAGCCAGCCAAGUUUUGUGGUUGAUGAAAAAGCUGUUAGGGAAAAUUUGGGCCCCUUUAUGCCUUACGUUGCAAGCCCGAUGAACUUCACUGGGUUAAAGAGACGGAAUGAUCUGCCUGCUGAUACUGGUUUUUCUUUCAAGUUGCUGAAGACUAUGCCUCUCUUCUCAAUCAGUAAAGCUGACGCCUAUCUUCAGAAAAGAAAACCUGAGUGCAGCUUUCAUAUGAAUGAUAUUUUAAUCCCCAGCCCUGCUUUCUUGGAUUUUCCUUCCAGGUUUUGCAAUACUGAACCAUUUUUGUCUUCCACGGGAGCAGAUGCUCAUCUACAAAGAAGUAGAACUGGAUUUGAGGCAGGGGAAGAGAUCCAAGAUUGUCAUUCCAUGCACUUGAUCCAGAAUAUGCUCAACAUUUACCUUGCAAAAGAUGCAUCUCACUGUAACACUACUCCAGAGCUCAGCAUGUUUCAGGAGAACAAAGAUAACGUGGAUAUACUUAAUGAUAAUGGAACCUGCUUGCCUUCUGCUGAGAUGCAGGGACCGGGAGGAAUCACCAGUAUUCUGAAAGAUGGCGAGACCUUAAAAUCUGUUGAUUAUGAUGCCAAUGAGAAGAUAGCAGAUGGGAUUCAGAGUGAGGAUAAGAUGGAUGAUUGUAAACUAGUUCUGCAACUUUCUACUGCUGAACCAGUGAUUAAUUGUGUCAUGGAAAAUGGUUGUGAUGAUGAUAAGAUGGCUAAUGCAUGUGCAGAAACUAGAAAUUUCCUGCUAUCUGAUAUGAAUACCCAUCAAUUGCCGAUGACUCUUAGCAAUGAUGAUGCUGCCACAUCUGGAGCAAGCAUGAAGCCUACAAACAGUGGCGAUGUCAUGUCUGUUGAAACUAGUGGAGGCAUUACCAUGAUUUCAUCCGUUGGAGAUAGUUCUAUGGAUACUAAGGAGCUCUAUCAAUCUGACCCUUCUGAUCUAACCUCGAAACCUCAAGUAGCUCGACGAUCAGCAGUUGGUAACUUGGACAAUUCUAAAACUUGUUUAGACUAUGACAAGAUUGGGAAUGGAAGUGUAGUAACCAGCAAUUGUCUGUCAUCUGAACCGAGUAUUCAUCAAAUCUUGAUGACGCCCAGCAACAGUGACAAUGCCACAUUUGUUGAAACCAGCAUAAGAGGGAGCAUGAUUUCAUCUUAUGAAGACAGUUGUAUGAAUAAUGAGAGCAAUCUACCAGGUACAUCUGUUCAACCGUUAAAGUCAAAAGUAUCUCAACAAUCAGCAGUUUGCUCCUUCGCCUGUUCUAACUCUUUGCACAUGAAGUUCCCCAAAGGUUUUAAUCUUCCCUCUGAAACGGAUUUGAUAAGGAAAUUUAGUAGAUUUGGCAGAGUGGACCCCUUGAAAACCAAAGUCUUUCAACGUAUGGGCUCAGCCCAGGUGGUGUUCUUUGACGAGCUUGACGCAGUGGCUGCUUAUCAGUGUGCAAAGAGGAAGAAAAAUAUAUUUCGUGAAGAAACGGUUUUGUAUUGGCUUGGCCGAUUUGAACGCAAGAGUAGAGGAUCAAACUUUCUAUCCCGGAUGUCAUCCUCGAAUCUAAAAUCGUCUCUCAAAAAAUCCACUCGGCGUGGGAAAGAUCUUAAAGAAUGCACCCGGAGGGUGAGAUUUACAAUAGAAACUUAG